CCAGAGCGUUCCCUCAUCUCGCCCACCUCAAAGGGGGACCCCAGCCCUGGCCAGAGGGAGCGCCGUGGGGUUUUGGCCAAAUUGGGCAAGGGCACAAAAUAACCACUUACCCCUUCUCACCGAGGAAGCACGGGAGAAAGGGAAUGGCACAGUCAAAAGGCUGGGUAAAAAGAUACUUCAAGGCCUUCUGUAAAGGCUUCUUUGUGGCUGUGCCUGUAGCAGUGACUUUCCUGGAUCGGGUUGCCUGUGUGGCAAGAGUAGAAGGUGCAUCAAUGCAGCCUUCUUUGAAUCCUGGGGGGAGCCAGUCAUCUGAUGUGGUGCUUUUGAACCACUGGAAAGUGAGGAAUUUUGAAGUACAACGAGGUGACAUUGUAUCAUUGGUGUCUCCUAAAAACCCAGAACAGAAGAUCAUUAAGAGAGUGAUUGCUCUUGAAGGAGAUAUUGUAAAGACUAUUGGGCACAAAAAUCGGUAUGUCAAAGUCCCCCGGGGUCACAUUUGGGUGGAAGGCGAUCAUCAUGGACACAGUUUCGACAGUAAUUCUUUUGGGCCGGUCUCCCUUGGCCUCCUGCACGCCCACGCUACACAUAUCCUGUGGCCUCCGGAACGCUGGCAGAAAUUGGAGUCUGUUCUUCCUCCAGAGCGCCUGCCAGUUCAGAGUCAAGAGAAAUGACUGCAUGGAUGUUCCUGAAUGGUUGUCAUUGAAAAGCCAAAACCAUCCAUUAUAGGAAGAGGGAUGAGAAGUGAAAUUUCCAAAAGAGGAAAAGCUGCCAAUAAGAUGAUGCUGUGCAGUAAAUAUUUCUGUCA